GCAAAAAAACCACUCGUUCUUCCCACCCCACCCUGUAUCUAUUGCACUGGUUUAAGCCUUUAUGGGUCAAAAACCAGGACUUUGAAUUGGGAGCAGAAACUGAUCAGCAGCGCGCGAUCUCCUUUUCCGCCAACGCGCGUCAGCUUUGCGCCUCUUCCGCGUUCAGUUUGCAAGCGGCCUUUGUGCCUCCUGCCUGGCGAGGACGCGCGCGGGAGCGCGGGCCGUGCUUUCCGUUGCCCGGGGAACUAGUCCCCGCCCCUUCAGAGCGGCGGUCAGCUGAUUGCUAAGAACCCUCGAGGGGGGAAAGGGGAGGGAGGAAGGGCGUAGCUUAUCCCAGGGACGGGGACACCCAGAGGACUCCAGACUGGGCGCGACAACGAGCCUCGGAGGGUCUCUGCCCCGAAGGAAGCCCUAAACUCCUGGACUGCUGCUGCCGCCUCGACCGGCCAUGGAUUGCGACGGCUACCCCGCGUGCUUGGACGGGAUAGAAUAUGACGAUUUCCAGUUUGGCCCUCCUUUGAUUGAGCAUGGAAACCUCAUGGAAACCGUUGAAGGCCCGUUCCUCACUAUCAUUGAGCAGCCAAAGCAGCGAGGUUUCCGGUUCCGAUAUGGCUGUGAAGGUCCCUCGCAUGGUGGGCUGCCUGGAGCAUCUAGUGAGAAGGGACAUAAGACUUACCCCACAGUUAAGAUCUCCAAUUAUUUCGGGAUGGCUAGGAUAGAAGUGGACCUGGUGACUCACACUGACCCUCCGCAGGUGCAUGCCCACAGCCUCGUGGGAAAGCAGUGCAACGAAGCUGGCAAUUGCAUUGUAACUGUGGGCCCAAAGGACAUGACGGCACAAUUUAACAACCUGGGUGUGCUCCAUGUGACCAAGAAGAACAUGAUGGAGGUCAUCCGGGACAAACUGAAGAAGCAGAAGAUGCGGACCAGAGUGCAGUCUCUGACAGAAUCUGAAGAAGAAGAGAUUGAGCAAGAGGCUAAGGAGCUGAAGAAAACAAUGGACCUCAGCAUUGUCCGGCUGCGAUUCAGUGCCUACCUUCGUGACAGCAGUGGAAACUUCAGCCUGGCGUUGAAGCCGGUUAUCUCGGACCCUAUCCACGACAGCAAAUCCCCCGGGGCUUCCAACCUGAAGAUCUCAAGAAUGGACAAGACAGCUGGUUCCGUGCGAGGCGGGGAUGAAGUUUACCUGCUGUGUGAUAAAGUCCAGAAAGAUGAUAUUGAGGUGCGGUUUUAUGAAGACGAUGAGAAUGGCUGGCAGGCCUUUGGGGACUUCUCCCCUACAGACGUACACAAACAGUACGCCAUUGUGUUCCGCACGCCACCCUACCACAAGACCAAGAUAGAGCGCCCGGUCACCGUGUUCCUUCAGCUGAAGCGCAAGCGAGGGGGUGACGUGAGUGACUCCAAGCAGUUUACCUACUACCCGGUGGUGGAAGAUAAGGAAGAAGUGGAGAGGAAGCGGAAGAAGACCUUGCCCCAGUUCCCUCAGCACUUUGGGGGCGGCUCGCCCAUGGGUGGCGCUGGAGGUGGAGCCGGUGGAUUUGGUUCUGGCGGAGCUGGGAAUCCCUGGCACUCGGCAGGAUACAGUCCUUGCAGCAACAGCAGCGUCUACCUCUCCGGCACCUACCCAGUGGGCAACUACCAAGGAGGGAGAGGCAUCCACAUGCCAGGAACUGCCAAGCCAGAAGAGGGGGAGCAGCAAACAUUAGAAGAUGGGAGCCGGACCUCCACAGAGGAAAAGUGCUACGCAGAACUCCUGCAGCAUGCUCAGGAGUGCAGCUCGUGGAUGCUGAUGCUCGCUCGGCGCAGCUCCCGGGCUCUUCUCGACUACGCGGUCACGGCCGACCCGCGGAUACUGCUGGCUGUGCAGAGGCACCUGGCUGCCUCUCAGGACGAGAACGGAGACACGCCUUUGCACCUGGCUAUCAUCCAUGAGCAGACAGCUGUGAUUGCACAGCUGGUCCAAGUGGCAGUCAGCAUCCCCAAUCAGCAGAUCCUCAACAUCGCAAAUCACUUGCAGCAGACCCCUUUGCACCUGGCUGUGAUCACCCGCCAGCCCAGGGUGGCUGGGUUCUUGCUGCAGGCUGGCGCGGACCCCACUCUGCUGGAUCGCUAUGGCAACUCAGUAGUGCACCUGGCGCUGCAGCUGGGGGAUGAGGAGAUGCUGAAGACCCUCCUCUGUCACCUCGGCUCCCACACCCUCCAGCUCCUGGAAACACCUAAUUAUUAUGGCCUUUUCCCUGUGCACCUUGCUGUGAAGUGCAAGAAUCUGGCCUGCAUCGAGCUGCUUGUCGAGAAGGGAGCGGAUGUGAACGCAGGCGAGCGGCAGAGUGGCCGGAGCCCUUUGCAUCUCGCUGUGGAGAUGGAGAACCUUAACCUGGCGACGUACCUGUUGAAGAAGCUGGGAGCAGAUGUGAAUGGCCAGACGUCGGCUGGCAAUACGCCUCUUCACCUGGCAGCAGGCAUGGGUUCCCCAAUCCUUACCAGGAUGCUGAUCAAAGCAGGAGCAGAUGUCCUGUGUGAGAACGACGAGCCCAUCUCGGCGCCCUCGUCUAACCCAGGCAGCGACGUGGAGUUGGAAGAGGAGGAGGAAUGGGUCAUGGAGCUGGGAGAGGCUCUGGUGAAGCCGGGUGAAGACUGCGCGGCUGAGCUGAAGAGCAAAUGGCCUGACAAGCAGUGGCGGGGGCACACGCCAUUGGACUUGACUUCGAGCCAGAAGGUGCGGGAGAUACUGCAGCAAGCAUUGCUGCAGAACCCAGAAAGGGAGCCGUCUGCUGAGACUCCUGCUUCCAGGCAAGGGAGCAUCCUGUCUCUGAAUAGUGACACCCUCCGGAGUCUAGAGCAGCUUCUGAACCAUGACUGCCAAGGGGCAGACUGGGCAGAGCUAGCCAAGAGACUGGGCCUCUGCAGCCUGGUGGAGACCUACAGAGGGGCAGAGUCACCCAGCAGAAGACUUCUCCUGAGCUAUGAGCUUGCCGGCGGCAGCCACAGAGGUCUGCUGGAAGCGCUUGACUCCAUGGGACUGACGGAGGGAGUGAAGCUACUGCAGAGACCAGAGACGUUCGUCAAGCUACAGAGUACAGCAGAGCUGAAGGAAGAUAGCGCCUAUGGGAGCCAGUCCGUGGAAGAGGAGCCGGCAGCCCUGCCAGGGAAGCUUCCACCAGCCUCCUCGCUGGAUGUGCCGCCAUUCUUGCCUCACAGCCAGCAGGAGCAAGUGCACUGAUACGAGAGAAGCCGGAGCCCCGCUGGGGGAAGGGUGAUCUCGGACAUGUGCCUUUUGGACUCAGGACUCGGGCAUCAGGAGCUGGGAAGGCUGUGCAGAGCUUGGCACAGCUCUGAUUUUCACAGCUGGUCUGCACAGUGUAGGAAGGACUCUGUUGCAGCUAGCUCAGCCUGCCUUGCAUUCACCAGACCUUCACCAAACGGGGGAGAUAGGCGGUUGUUUUUUGUCCUGGUGCCUUUUAUCAAAUUCUGGCCCAAAUCUGAUCAGGACUUGGGGUCCUCUGCUCUUCCUGUGACAACCUUGCUCCCCAGCAUCAGCCACGUCUCCUGUGAUGGGUUUGGCUUCGUUGGACAAUGGAUUCUAUUUACUCUUGAGCUCCUGGACUGCCCCACAAAAUGGUCCCCUUUUAGUGCCUUUUUUUAUAGUCCUAAUGAUUCACGUGCCUGCCUUCUCCUUGGGAAUUAAUGGUUCUACAGAACUGAAUUUUCAGCUGUGGCUAGGCAAUUUGGGGCAGAACCCCCAAAAUGCAUUCGGACGAAAGAAACCCUACGUUUGGCACAAUCCCCGUGUCACGUGAAGCAGGGUAACAGCCCUUUCGGAACCUCUUGAACAGAUCUGUUGCUUAGUCCUACGAUCUAAUUUGCAUUUGAGCAAACCCUUACGUAAUGGCUCAUCUAGGAAAAUUCGCUAACAUGCCAUUUUAAUAGUUGCCUAUCAGCAGGUGUCCAAGCUGCACAUUGUUUUCAAGUGACAAAGGGUACCUUCAUGAGAAUGCCAUUCAACGUCAGUAAACAGUUUCCACAAGUGAAGAGAGAAGCAUGUUCUGGCUGUUGGUAGCGGCUGACAGUGGGGCUGCCUAGUCAGAGGUGUGUGAGGGGGGAGAGCUUUUACAAUGUUGAGUAGCUAAAACUUUGAUGUAAAGAUUUUCAGUUAUGAAUCCAUGCUGGUUUGUUGGGGGGGUCUUCUGAGCUGAAAAUUCCAACCUUGGCUUCAGACCCCCCCCCCCCCAGUUCUGUGACGGGAAUAAAUGAUGCAAAUUUGCAUGUAUCUGUUACUUGGUACAGAGCGAAGAGGCCUUUUUAGGAGAACUCGGCCCUUUGGAUAGAAGAAGGAAACAGGCCACCAGAGGACAAAAGUAUUGAGCGGAUGACUGACAAGUUCUGCCACAACGGCACUCCAAUUUCUAAGUCUUUGUAGUUUUCUGUCAUAGAGAAUAGACUUGUGCUUUGCGGAUAGUUUUUUUAAAAAUAAAUAAAAAUCCCAGGGUGAUCAUGUCCGCAUCAAAAGUACAUUCAUCAUUGAUGCUUUAGCUGAGACUCCAGCAUUAGCAGAGGGUUGGACUAGAUGACCCUUGGGUCUCUUCCAACGCUACGAUUCUAUGCUGAUUAAUGCAAUUUUCUAGACCAUUUGCCUUCCAGGUGUCCUCCAGAUGUUUUGGACUACCUCUCCAAUCAACCAGUGUGGCCCAAAAGAAUCUAGAGAGCAUAAGGUUAGUGAAUGCUGUUUCAGGCUGUUAAGAAAAUGUUCUGUUAGCUUACAACAGGUUGUGUGUUUAUAUGUAAGACUAAGUCAAACCCGAGUUUAAUGUGAGCAUGCUGGCUUCAGAGGAGGAGAGUGGAGCUGCUUGCCUCCUCUGUCCAUUUUAUCUUAGUGCAACAUGGCAGUUUAGCCAAGGUUUUAGUGUGCUGUUUGAACCCAGGUUUGUGGUUGAGCUUUAUUUCCCUCUUGACCACAGUUUCUGCUCCAUGGUUUUGUCUUGGCUGCAGAUGGUUCUUGAGGAGGAGAACUUAGUCAGGACCCCAGCAGGUGACAGACAAGUGGCUAUUGGGCAGUAAGAAUCUGGAUUGGUGUGUUGCUGUGGCUUCUGGGUAAAUUUGUGGGGAAUGGCAGCCAAGAGCAGAGUUCUCUCUUCCAGGGAUGAUGCUCAGGAGCCAGCCUUUCUUCCAAAGCAGAGUGGUUUAUAUAUGUGCCACUUUUCUGCCAUCCUUGCUUAUUAACGUUAGGAAAAAUUCACUACCAGAGAAGGGCUAGUUGAAUGAUCUGGCCCUUUCCAAGUACAGUGGUGCCUCGCUAGACGAAUUUAAUUCGUUCCACGGGUCUUUUCUUAUAACAAAUUUUUUUUUUUUGCCCAUAGGAACACAUUAGUUGAAUUUCAAUGCAUUCCUAUGGGAAACCGCGAUUCGGUAGACGAAUUUUUCGUAAAACGAAUUGGUCUAGCGAGGCAACCUCCACUAAAAAAACCCUUUCGUUAAGCGGAAAUUUUGUUAAGCAGGGCAUUCGUUAAGCGAGGCACCACUGUACCUCUCCUCUUCCUCAUUGCCCUGUAUUCCAUGCAGAUAAGCCUUUGAACUGCUUUUACGAAUUCAUCAGAGUAAAAAUUGGAACCGCCAUUCUCUACCCCUCCUCCUGAGUUUUCAGAACUUGCUGUAACCGGCAAAAAUGCAGUGUUCUCUUCACUGUCUUUACUUCCUUCGUUGCGUUCUCUUACUGCUGUUGCUCUACUCAGUUUCUCCUUUUAUCCUGCUGUUCCAGACACACCUCCCAUUUUUGCUUGCUGCUUUAUUUUGAACUCGCAAUAGACAUGCUGUAUGUACUUUGCUCUAGUUCCUGCCUGAUUCUUUUCAUUCUCCAGUCUCUAACCUUGAUAAACCCCGGUAGCAUCCAGGGAGUUUAGGUUGGGAGGCAGCUGGCAAAGCCAUUUCCCCCACCCCCAGCCCUCUGCAAAGCCUCUCCAGCUCCUUAUGGGCUGUGUUUCUUAGAGAAUGGCAGAGAGAGGGAGAACUGCCCCAAAUUAGCUAGAGGGCUCUUGGGCCCCAAACCAUAUUUCACUGUGUUGGCAUUAGCUCUGUAGAAUUCCCUUCCUCCCGAUAGCUGCCUGGUUUCAUCUGUUUCCUUCCUUAACCCUUACUGUUGUCAUGUGCUACAUCUGAUCCUUUUUUCCCUCCAGCUCAGCCCUUCAUGGUGUCUCUUGUAGCAGCUUGCUUCAGAUAAGCCAGGCUACACUCUCUUCAGGUCCCCCCAUCCCUCAGGUAUGUCCAUUUUGUUUGUAUGUGUAUGCAUAGCAACCGUGCGCCGUCUUCUAUUUAGCUUUCUCCAGCCCCUGCAGUAUUUCACCUGUCUGAAUAGUGAGUGGUGUGCCUUGUUCCCUGUGGCGAUGGCCUUGCUCCAGGUAACUAGUUACCCAGGAGCUGCUUGCCUUUUGCUCCUCUCAACCAUAACAGCCAGCAUGGCCAAUGGUCAGGGAUAUGGUGGCAGUUGGGCACCCCAACGAGAGCUGUGGGAUCCCUACUUUCCACAAAGGUCAGGCAGCUUCCUGCUCCUUAUCUAACCCAAGUGUUGAAAAACAAAACGGCCGCCCUUCUGCAUGGUAGUGCCCCCCCCCGGCUAUCUUUUUUUCAGUUGGGUAGGAGCAGCUGUUGUAGUUGGUGUAGGACAGCAGAGUUAAGGUGCUUUUGGCUCAGGGAGAAGCAGGUCAAUGAAGGUGCUUGAAUAAGUUUUACUUAGGUAAUUAAAGGAAGAAACUGUACAGAGCUCUUUUAGGUUUGUUUUUUUACAGUCAAUUCAAGAGCAGAAUAAAAAAUUGACACAUUCAGAGAGUCAGUGCUGGAAACAGCCAGCCAGUCCCCCGCCCUUCUUUACGUCUGCAGAAUUUCCCAUUUGCUUUUGCCCCCCCCCCCCGACUGUCACCUGGGGCUUUCUUUAACCCAUCUCCUGCUGUUUUAAGCAAGUAUUGGAGCCACAGCCUUAAAGCCCUUUGAAGUGACAAGUGAGAAGGCGCAGGCCGGCUGUGUGCAGCCAAGUUUUCUUGGCUCCCUGGCUGUUGUUGGAAUACAACUCCCAUCAUCUCUAGCAACAGCCGGGGACCCAAGUUUGAGGAAACACUGGUUGAGGGGUGGAAAUGCUCCUGGCAAUUUCAGAACCCUCCACCCACGUGAGAUUAAUCUAUAUAUAUUCUGGCACUAGGACUAUGGGGCCACUCAGUUCUGGCCCCUGCAUUGUUUAAGCCUCACAUCAACUAGGCCAAAAAAAGAGGCCAGCAUGCUCGUCAUCCACAGUGAUCUCCAUGGGGGGGGGGAGAAAGAGGGAUUAGAGAAGGUGUGCUCUUGGGGGGGGGUACCCCACCCCUACUAUGGCUUUGUCAGGCUGCCACCCGGGAGGCGUCCCUAGUUACCCUGUUAGUGCUGGUCCCUUGAAGCCAAAGGGCAACCCCCACCCCCACCCCCAGAUCUGUAAGUGCUGAACAAGUAACAGGGCGAGUCGAG